AUGGAAAAUAACAGAGAACAGAGAAGGCGCAGACGAUCUCCAACACCCUACCCGCAAAGACGCAGACAAUCCCGAUCACUUUCAUCAACACCCCCGCCGCGAAGACGCAGACAAUCAAGAUCACUCUCACCAUCACUCUCACCAACACCCUCACCACAACUACCUUCACUCCCACCAACACCCCCACCUCAACAACCACCCCCACCUCAACAACCACCCCCACCAACACCACCACCUCAACAACCACCACCAACACCCCCACCUCAACAGCAACCACCACCCCCUCACCAUCAACAACAACUACCACCACCCCCACCUCAACAACAACUACCACCACCCCCACCUCAACAACAACCACCACCACCCCCACCUCAACAACAACAACUACGACUCCCGGUACAACACUCCUACCCUGGCAUAUUCCCCCCUCCCAAUUAUUUCAACCACCCAACCUCAUUCCAAUACCUCAUUCCGCCUCAUAAUUCCAUUUCCCCAUUGUACCAUCCACAACAAAUCCCACAACAUAUCCCUCAACAAAUCCCUCAACAAUUACACAUCCCUCAACAACUCCCACUACGCCACAUCGUUCCCCAACAUCUCAUCUUAACCCCUCGAGCCCCUGACAUGAUGCCUCGCCAGGGACAUCCCCCUCAACCCGCUCAACAUAAUGAGCCUGCCCCACCAGGAGUGUAG